GAUCAGCAAACAUGGCGAAGAUCAGGCAAUACCUGACCGCGCCACCUAGCGCAAAACAUCAUCCAGCAUCAGCCCACACGCGCGACAAUAUCAGCCCACAACACCGGUCUAUGGAACGGCAGCAGCGUCAUGUCUGUCCUCGGGGCGAAAAAUUCGAACGACAGAGAGCUCCUGUUUCGCCCGCGGCGUCGCUUCGGGCGGACUCGUCUGUCAGACGAACAACCCCGCCAGCCAGUGGUUUUCGUUUUAAUGCCUCGAGUCAUGCGUCCUCGCGAUCACGGGUGAUGCUGGUAUAAAGACGAUGUCUCCCCGUCGUGGUCUGCAGUUGUUUUCGAGUCACUAUCAUCACCGUCGCCGCAAGCGUUUCGAGCUCAUAUCCACCCCAUUCUCGCCGAAUAGACAUCCAUAGCCGUUGCCCCAACUAGGAAUCCUGACAGCUUUGGCAAACAUGGAGCACAUCGACAGGAAAGAGCUGUAUACCAGCUUGGCUGCGAGAAUCCAGUACAUCCAUUCGUUCCUCGACUUCAAUGCAGACGACGUUCAGGCAUUGACUGUUGGCGCCAAAUACAUCCGAUCCCUCAUUCCGGCGGUUGUCAACAUCGUCUACAAGAAACUACUGAUGUACGACAUCACGGCGCGCGCCUUCACCACCCGAUCGACAUCAUACGAAGGUCCCAUCGACGAGAUGCCAGACGAGAACUCGCCAAUAAUCAAGUACCGCAAGAUGUUCCUGCGAGGCUACCUGCAGAAACUAUGCUCGGACCCUUCCAGAAUGGAGUUUUGGGAAUACCUUGACAAAGUGGGAAUGAUGCACGUCGGAAUGGGCCGUAAACACCCCUUGCACAUCGAAUACAUCCACAUCGGUGUAUGUCUCGGGUUCAUCCAGGACGUAAUGUUCGAAGCGAUCCUGUCGCACCCGCGGCUGAAGCUGGAGCAGAAAACAGCCAUCAUCAAGGCGCUUGGUAAAGUUCUCUGGAUCCAGAACGACCUGUUCGCGAAGUGGUACGUCCGUGAUGGCGAGGAGUAUGCGGGCGACAUGGACGAUCCAGAGAUCGAGCAGGAGGGGUUCCUGCAUGGAAAGAGGAUCGUCGACCCGGAGAAAUUGAGUGAGGAGGAUGAGAGCGAUGGUGGUGGAUGUCCGUUUAAGGGCAUGGCCGCGCAGACGGCGGCGGCGGGAGAGGCCUCGAAGAUCCCCAAGGUCGUGCCACAUAUCACACCACGUCUAGCUGCUGGGUUCACGAGAACCGCGCCGGUGGAGACGAAACUUCCGACUCCUCCGGUGGUCUAGCGGGGUGCUGCAUAGCUGGGUUGGAUUGGGUUAGGCGAAGGGCGGGGGCGUUUUGUAUUCGUUUCUGCAUACCUAGGCUUCGUUAGAUAUAUGAGC